AUGGAGCAGCAGCAGGGCCACCAAGCCCCGGAGAGGAAGGGGCAGAAGCGGAAGCUGGAGGACGCGGCAGCGUCCGCGGGGGGAGAGGCCGGCGGCGGCGGCGGCGGCGGCCGCGACUUCGGGGGGGAUCGCGCGGAGGCGCCGUCGGAGUACCCCCAGGAGGUGUUGGAGCGGGAGGUGAGGACGCAGGUCGAGGUCCUGAACGCGGCCUUCUCGUGGAAGGAGUCGGAUCGGUCCGCGGCGAAGCGCGCCACGCACAUCCUCGCCGAGCUUGCCAAGAACGGUAUGUUAAUUUCGUGGCGCCAUCCCCGGGGGCUCUUUUCUCUGCGGCUCGAGGGCUGUGGUUUGAUUUCGUGCGUGGAUCGGGUGAGUAGUAUUCUAAUUAUUUUUUUAUAAAAUCUUUGGCGGUGUUUUUUUCUUGUAGAGGAGAUGGUGAAUGCCAUAGUGGAUGGUGGGGCUGUGCCUGCACUGGUGAGGCAUCUGCAGGCGCCACCGGUGGAGGCGGGCGGAGGCUGUAGCCGGCCUUUUGAGCAUGAGGUCGAGAAAGGGAGUGCUUUUGCCCUCGGUCUCCUGGCAGUGAAGGUGAUAAUACUGACCGGCUAUCUCAUCCUUCCCUUUUCCCUUUCUUUAUUGCAGAUUAUACGCCUGUUCCUCUGAUAAUGCCGUAUGCAAACUGUAACCAUCAAAGAUGAAGCUAUUAGUCUUCGCUUGUUUGCCACAAAAGAAAACCCUGUAGAUCAAGUCGGUUGUUUAUUACCUAUAACUGUUUUGAGUUCAAACAAGAGGAAAAGGCAAAGUUAGGCCGAAUUUAGUCAAGAAUUAAUGGUGUUUAUACUGAGGAUGUUUCCGUUUUCCGUAUGAGAACGUUCCUCGGUCCAUGAGAUUUUUGAUUUAGUUGACAGUGCUUUUAUCAGUUAUGUUUUCUUCUUUACGACUGUCCUACUGUGGUUUCAGUUCGGUAAAUGAACCUCACUUCCUAUUUGUUUUACGUUCAGCCUCCCAGGGAAAUCUAAUUCUUUGGGAAAGAUCUGGUUCGUCGUUUCAUCACAUCUGCUCUGAGAGGGAAAUUUUAUAUAAUGCUUUCAGGAAUAUUAUUUUUUUCUUUACGGAGGACGUAAGAGCAACCCACACCCAUGGAUCUAUAGCAUUCAUUUAUUUUUUCAGUUAAAAUCUAUACCAAGCUGCAAGAUAUGAAGAGUCUUUAAAAUUACUAUUAACGUGUCUUUUUUAUUAAUGGAGCGUAUCCAGUAGUUUUAUAGUUGGUUGUGCGGUGUAUCUUUUUUUUCUUUGCUCUUUUGUUUUAUGGCAAUGGAAAUGAGCAGAACUAUUACUUGUUCUCUAAAUGGCGAACCUAAAAAAACUAUGGCCACUGCUUCCUCACUUGCAACUCAUAUCAUGUUGCUGAGAACAUGAAUUAUCAUGCGUUGAUAUUUUAGUGACUGGCCUUUUAGUACCAGUUAGAGUUAUUGGCUGUUCCAUAAUUUUCCCUUUCAUAAAGCCUGAUCUUUAACAGCUUAUUGCGGAUUUCAUUAACACUUGGCGUUCCUGAUUUCUUAUCUGAUUUUUUUGUGCAUUCAGCCUGAACAUCAACAAUUAAUUGUGGAUGCUGGUGCUCUUCCGCAUCUAGUAAGCCUCUUGAAAAGGCACAAAGAUGUCCCCAAUUCACGGGCAGUAACUAGCGUUAUACGGAGGGCUGCUGAUGCAAUUACUAACCUUGCCCAUGAGAACAGCAGUAUCAAAAGCUGUGUCAGGUCAAAUUUGAUGGUCGGAUGCUUCUAUUGCAUAUCUGCAACGAAUACGUAAUAAAAUUUUCAUUUCAUGUUUCAGAAUCAAAGGUGGAAUUCCACCUCUUGUUGAACUCCUGGAAUUUACAGAUUUGAAGGUCCAAAGAGCAGCUGCAGGAGCCCUCAGAACCCUUGCAUUCAAAAAUGACGAGAACAAAAAUCAGGUCUGUACCUGUAUUUAUCAAGUGAACAUUAUGCUCCCAUUCUCCUAGCCCAAAAAAUAGAGGGGAGAGGAACUUCUGAUUUUGUUUCCUCCUCGGUUCUGUACAGAUAGUGGAUUGCAAUGCUCUUCCUACCUUGAUUCUCAUGCUUCGGUCCGAAGAUCCUGCAAUUCAUUACGAGACGGUGUGUCUUUGUCAUGAGUAAAUAAUGCAUUGUGAACUUCUUUCGCCUGUGAAUUUUUUUUUCAGUUCAUGCUUAUCAAGUUAUUGAUGUGGUCUUAGGUUGGCGUCAUUGGAAAUUUGGUUCAUUCAUCUCCAAGUAUAAAGAAGGAAGUCCUCCUUGCAGGAGCUUUACAGCCUGUCAUUGGGCUGCUGAGGUACAACUUAGUACGGAGUGGUGUAAAAUUCUUUUCUAUUUUUAAAGGGACUGUGAAGUAUGCAUCCCAGAACAUAGCACAGACUAUAUGGCAUGGAAUAUGGCUGUUGCUAAUCUUUGAAAUUUUAUUUUCAUUCUAGAGUUAUUUUUCUAAUCUUCCAAGAUAUCAGAGCAGCCUAUUAUGCUUAUACAUCAGCAUUAAGAGAAUAAAAAUUCAUUUAACCAUGUUGGAUCUUAUCUUUGCAUCUUGUUUUCCGCACAUAACUUGUGCAGAUUUAAUGAUCUUCUGGAACUCAUUAUAUUUUAUUCUCGGGCUUAGACCUAAGUCUUUGGCUCCUGGAUAAAGGUUACCUUGUUCUAACAUAGUAUCAAAGCCAAUGAUUGCUUUUAAGAUGAAUGUAACCAGUUUAUGGUUUCCAGGUGAUAAGCCCAGAAGUCAGCUUGGAUGUGAAGGGAUGUGCUAAACAUUGUCUCAUAUUUGUUAUUGUGAAAAUAAAUAUGUGAUGAUGGAGAUUGUUUUCAGUUGGAUGGCCUAAUAACUCCGGCUGAUUGACCAUAGUGCAGAUUGUUCGGUACUAGAUAAGAUGUUCUCAAUGAAUUAUGCUGGCUUUAGUAGUUCCAAUGAAAUCUGACAGUUUUUCUACUACGUACCUUGAUAGAUGUCAACACCCAAGGUAGUGCUACAUAUCUAGCUAAGACGACUUUCAUUCAUUUAGUUGAUCACGAGAUCUUGUCACAUCAAUUAGUCUGUUGAAAGCUGCUGACCGACCUAGUUUCAGUUUAAGUCAUACAACCCGAGAGAAUUCUUUAAAUGGUUGGAAAAAGAGGCAAGCUUGAUGUUGGGACAUGCCACCAUCUGCUAAUGAAAACACAAUCACGUGUGGCAUGUGUGACGUAGUGCACGAACCCCCAUGUUCUGCCCCUGGUUACAGUGAUGAAGCUUUAACUUCAUCUCUAACUUGUGCGAACGAGCGGUAUUUAUCAUGUUUGUCCAUUGUUUUCAUUCGUCUCUAACUGGUUAUAUUCUUUCCAUCUUUUGUAAAUUAGAUGCACAGAGACUAUCUUGCAUUUCCUUUUGAUUUUCCAAUUUAUCUGCUGAACUGGUGCCAGUGUUGUUUAUUUCUAAGAUAUUAUUCAUUGGUUGUCCAUGUAGCUUAUUGUCCCUGCUUUAACUGUGAUCGAAAUUCUAAAGCUUAUUAAAAGACUACUCCUUAUUGGAUGUUUAUUUCUUGUAACCUUGUCUAUACAUGAAAGCUUCGUCAUUAUUCAUGGAGGAUGUAUUUGGGCAUGGAUUACGGGAUGUGAUUUUUUUGGCAUUUCCAAUCAUGGUUCAACUGCUAGCUGGGCAUACAGAAUGUGCUUACUCAUGAUGCAGUUUUUUCUUUCGGGUCUUUUUUCUUCUUGUUGUUCGAAGGUCACUGUAAAAUCUUUAAUCUAACAUGGAAAAUGAAUGGCAGUUCGUGCUGCACAGAGAGUCAGAGGGAAGCAGCUCUAUUGCUAGGGCAAUUUGCUGCGACUGAUUCAGACUGCAAGGUAUUCGUAGUACAUUUUUGGAUUCGUUUUGGCGAAAAAAAGUGUCUUCCCCCUUUUGUCGUUAUCUAUAAGUUUUAUAAUAUUUUUUGUUUCAGGUGCACAUUGUUCAACGAGGAGCUGUGCGGCCUCUGAUAGAUAUGCUUCAAUCAUCAGAUAUACAACUUAAGGAGAUGUCAGCCUUUGCCCUUGGGAGAUUGGCACAGGUCAUUUACUGUCUAUCCCUCACAUCUGCCUGGCAUUUUCUUCCUUCGCUCCCAGCACCACCUAACUAAGAACUGUUCAUGAAUUCGAUCUUUAUAUCUAAGAAGUAAGUUAUCUUGGAUUAUUUACAGGAGGAAGAUUUGAAUUAUUUGACGGUUGGAAAACUAAGUGAACGAGAAAACUUGACUUUGAGCGUGGCUUUCAGAUUAAAGAUGUACAGAUAGUGUUGAGGUUGAAAACCAUGUGUGAUGAAGAUGUUAUGGAUUAGGGAGUGAAGAAGGAACAUUUGAUUGAGCCUGUGUGAUGAUAAUGAACAUUUUUAGUGAUUACAUUUUUCUGGGAGGCUUGGCUGAGCGAAAGACGGGAUAAUUUUGAUGUAGAUGACCUGAUUCAGAGCCUAGAUCUUGAUUGAAAGCAUUUUUUUCUAAGGAGACCUUGUAACUGGGAGGCAGGAUUGAUAUCCACGAGUUUGGGUACGUCUUGUAGAGGAUAUGAUUCUUUUUAUCUGGUGAAUUUUGAUUACAAAGAGACACACAUGUUAUAAAGGAAAAUGAACACAUCGGAUGAAUGGUAUCUACGAGGCCGGAAUGACAUAUAUGUUUUUUCUUUGUUCUUGGCUCAGGAUUGUUUCAUGAUGAAUUGUGUAUGUAUAUAAGUAGCCCCUUCUUUUAUCUAAAACUUAUUUUAAUAUUAAUGUAGGAUACACAUAACCAAGCUGGUAUUGCUUACAACGGUGGGUUGGUUCCUCUGCUGAAGCUUCUUGACUCGAGAAAUGGUUCCCUUCAGCAUAAUGCUGCUUUUGCUCUAUAUGGUCUUGCACACAAUGAGGUAAAACUCUUUGCUCUUCGUCAAUGGACUAUAUGUUACAUGCCUAGGUCCUAGGAAUUCCUAUGUUACUUUAUUCCUUAUGGAAGCUUUGUUCACUGAGAUGAUUUUCUCUUUCUCUUGUGUAGGAUAAUGUCCCCGAUUUUAUUAAAGUGGGAGGGGUUCAAAAGUUGCAGGAUGGAGAGUUUAUUGUUCAAGUAAGAUUGCAUAUUUUUUUUUGUCAAUUAUGAUUUUUUAUUCAUUCAUCUCAGGAAAUCUAUGACCAUCGCAUAUUGGCAUCAGUUUAUUUGAAAGUAAUUACAAUUCUCUCCUUUUUAUUUGUUAAAUUUAGGCCUUUUUUUGGGUUAGUAGUUUUGAACAAAUCAAGACUAAUAUCCUUCUAAAACCCUAUAUUUCUUCUUUUCUGGAGGGUGUGACAUUCGUGUUUCAUAUGAUAUUGGCAGGCAACAAAAGACUGUGUGGCCAAGACCCUGAAAAGGUUGGAGGAAAAGAUUCAUGGAAGAGUGAGUUCCCGUUCUCCAUGUCUCUGCUGCUGGACCACCAAGAGUGUAUACCCGGACUAUAAUAUUUCCGAUAAUUAAUGCUAAAGCCUAAUAAUUUUCUUUUUCUUGAAUAUGAUCGUCGCUCCUUUGUUACCAUUCUCUUCAAAAUUCUUUGUUUGCAGGUAUUAAAGCAUUUGCUAUAUAUGAUGCGUGUUGCUGAAAAGGCUGUUCAAAGGAGAGUUGCGCUGUCUCUUGCUCAUCUUUGUUAUCCAGAUGAUCAGAGAACGAUAUUCAUUGAUAACAAUGGUACUUCGUCAUCUUUAAUCUUUCUCCCCGUUGAUCACCCAUCCUGCUGGAAGCUUUGUUGAUAUCAUUGUGGUUGCAGGACUUGAAUUGCUUCUGGGCUUGUUUGGGUCAAACAAUCCCAAGCAGCAACAAGAUGGUGCUACAGCUCUUUACAAAUUGGCUAACAAAGCUAUGGCACUCUCUCCAAUUGAUGCUGCACCUCCAUCUCCAACGCCGCAGGUUUACAGCCUCCUCCACAUUAAUCAGACCAAAAGAUGAUGCUGCACCUCCAUCUCCAAUUGUCACACGGACAGACAUACACUUCCUCAGGAGUAAAAAGAUGAGACAUAAUCAGACCGAUAAGGCUUAAAUUGAAACCUAUAAGUUGGAGUUCCAAGGAACAAAAACUGUCACCCAAGGGAUUGCGACGGGUGUCACAACUGCAUUUAGGAAGUGAAAAGAGAAGGAACUCUGGGGAAAUCCAGCCAGGCUAGUGCCUUCCUCUACUAAGAAGUAAAGAAGAAGAAAGGGGACAACUCUUAGAUCUUGUAGCUACUCAUCUUCUUUCUGUUUCCAUCUGCCACCCGUUCUUUUCUUCACUGAUUUCUAUCAAUUCGAAGGGCACCUGACCACGUUUAGGGUUACAUCAACAUUAGGCUAAGUGAUGUACGAAUUGCAUUAAAAAAGGUUUAAUUUAGCAUGCCUCUAUUAGAGUCCUAUUUAGAAUUCAAUAUAAGGGAUCCCCUUCGUAUUUAUUGAAUUGUGUUUUACUUUCUUUUGAUAGCCCCCAGCCCCCCCCCCACUGACUUUUACUCCUGUAUUUGAAGUUUGGUUGACCCAAAUUAGGGAAUAUCGGUCAAUGGAAGUGUCUGAUCUGAUUAUUGAGAACAAUGAUUAUCUGUUUUUUUUCUUAUUUUUCUGGGUUGAAUAGUAUUUUUUAAGCAUGGCUUUCGUUGAAAGUCUGUUGUCAUGCUGUUUUUCCGCAUUGUAUAUUCUACUUCGAUCAAAUUGGAUUUGAUGUGUACUCUUGCUGCACAUAGAUUUUGUUAAGAAGUGUAAGGUAUAUUCUUUCCCUUUAAAGGCGUGACCUUUUUGCUGGAGUACAAUCUCGAUCCUUUAUACAAAAUUGGCUGAACUUUCUUUUACACUUAUACUUAUCUUAUAUAUUUCAGGUCUACCUUGGUGAGCAAUAUGUGAAUAGUCCUACACUCUCUGAUGUAACAUUUCUUGUUGAAGGUGUGGAUCACCCUUCACCAAAAUAUCUCUUUAAACCCGUGUUUAAGUGCAGGGUUCCUCUUUUUCUUAAUCAUUCCAUUUCUUUAGUAAAAUAUAUUCUUUUAAAGAAAUGGAUAUCGUGUUUCUUAUAGAUAUUUUCCUCUUGCCUGUUCUUCCAGGGAGACGAUUUUAUGCACACAGGAUUGCUUUACUUGCUUCAUCAGAUGCUUUCCGUGCAAUGUUCGAUGGUGGGUACAAGGUAAGCAUGCGCAUAAUUAUUCCGAGCUUUACCUUUACUUCGUGAUAAUUAUAGUUCUAAUCAGGGUUAAUUCCGGAAUAAACCAAGGACCGCCGGGAAGUUAGAAACAAGAACUAGAUUUGAAAAACAAAGAGAAAUCACUGAGCUACUUGCUACUCUCUCGUUUUCUUCUCUUUUCAUUUCUCCUUGCUACUUGCUUAUCCCGAAAAUAAUUUCUUAGUGAAAGAAUGAGUCCUGGCAUGGUUAAUGACUGAUUACACUUAAGGGAGGAGCUUACUGGGUGCUUCGACAACUACUUACUCAGUUAUACAACCAACACAUGCACAUCUGAUCCUCGCGCCGAUCAUUCUACCUCCAUAUAUUAUGCUACUUUUCGUCCCCAGAAUUGAUUCUGUUCUGAGGUGUGUGGAAUUGGGAAAAAAACCCAUUUCAGGAGAAAGACGCAAGAGAUAUAGAGAUCCCCAACAUCAGAUGGGAUGUGUUCGAAUUGAUGAUGAGGUUAGUAUCCCCACCUCCCCUACCCACUUUUGAUAUAUGUUUGCUUAGUUUCUAUUCGCAUUUAUAUUAAUGAUGUUUUAUGUUACCUUUGUGCAGAUUCAUUUAUACAGGGUCUGCCGAGGUGACUCUGGAGAUUGCUCAGGACCUCCUCAGAGCCGCCGACCAGUAUCUCCUAGAGGGCCUCAAGCGUCUCUGCGAGUAUUCCAUUGCGCAGGUGGGCAAUCCGGAUCCCGGCUUCUUCUUCUUCUUCUUCUUCUGUUAUGCUCCAAAAUAUUGCUCAUCUAUGUGUUUGAAAACCUAACCUUCAGGACGUGUCUCUGGAGAACGUUUCAAGCAUGUAUGAGUUAUCCGAGGCGUUCCACGCGAUGUCGCUGAGGCACACUUGCGUCCUGUUCAUCCUGGAGCAGUUUGAGAAGCUGAGCCCUCGCCCCGGGUGAGCAAAGAUAUCAUGUUCUUCAGAUGAUUCUUGCAGUAGUUGAACUGGUUCUGGUUCUGGGUGGCUAACCGAGCGCCGAAUGGUGUGAUGAUCCUCCUCCGCAGGUGCUCUCAUCUGAUCCAGCGGAUCAUCCCAGAGAUCCGCAAGUACUUCAACAAAGCCCUCAAGCCUAACCAAAUGAAUUCCCGGUUCUAG